AUGUCAAAGUUAAAGUGUUGGAUUGUGCUAAAAUUUGAAUUGGAGACAAAAUGCUAAUUAUUAAAUAAUGAAACAUUUUAUAAAAUAAAAUAAUACAAAAAGUAAACAUCACAGAAACAUUAGAAGCGAAUUAAAUCCAUUGGGACUAUCUAACCAUUUACUUAACACAAUUGA